UAUCUCAUCGCUCUCUCUCCCGACCUCACAGAGAGAGAGAGACCACGCACGCCAGGAAACCAAAGAGAGAGAAACGAGAGAGGGCGGUUCCUCCCCCUCCUGCGCCCGAACUAACCGGAGCAUAUUCCACGCCGGGAUCCCCUCCCUCCCUCCCUCCCACAUAAACGCAGCCCUCCCGGGGAGAGAGAGAGAGAGGACAUAGGACAGCAUGUGUUCUUGACGGGGAGUCCAAUCCAAUCCAAUCCAAGAUCCGUUUGUUGGGAGUAGACAAGGAUGCCCCCGGCGGUUGCUCGGCGCAAUGCCGGUCCGCUCCGGUUGUUUGAUCCGACUUGUGCGCCAGUAUUCGCAGCGGGUUGAUCUCUAUUCUAUGGAUGCUUCUUUAUCUAGCAUCCCAUUUGGACAUGGAAUAGCAUCCUAACCUCAUGGAACUCUAAUAAAAUAAUUGGGCUCAGGAUGAAGAUCUAGUGCCAUGCUGUCCUAUGUUACUUGGCUAGUUUAGGAUAUCUCAGUCUUAGAGAGUGGAGAUGAUAAUCAUCCAAGCUUUCUGCCAGUUCUCCUUGCAGAGAUAAAACUGUAACGAUACUAGACUUUUUCUUUAGGAUUAAGAUUAACUUACUACCGAUUAGUCAAACGGUACCAAAAUAGUGUUGCUGCUGUGCAAAAUACCUGUGGCAUGCAAGCAGUUCAGCAGUGGACCUGCCUUUCUAGAUACUUCUGCAAUUGAGAAGUGCCAUGGAGCCUUCAGUAUCUCCGCCAGGCGCACCGAAGCAAGCUGGCACGCGCAGACCUUGUACUGGAUGCUCUCUGAAGGAUUUGUGUCUUGUUUCAAAACAAGGGUCAAUAGCUGAAGUGGAAUCUGCUUUGGCCUUGAUAAAAAAGAACGGUGGAAGCAUUGACGGUAGAAAUGCAUUUGGCCUUGGUGCCCUCCACCUUGCAACAUGGAGAAAUCACCUUCCAAUCGUCAGGCGGCUCCUAGAUGCUGGUGCUAAUCCAGAUGCAAGGGAUGGAGAAUCCGGUUGGAGCAGCCUUCACAGAGCACUUCAUUUUGGCCACUUGUGCAUUGCUGGUGUUCUUCUACAGUUUGGUGCAUCCCUCAAUUUGGAGGACACCAAGGGUCGUACACCUAUUGAUCUUCUCUCUGGCCCUGUAUCACAGGCUAAUGGGGAUUCUCCCAAUUCAGUUGCAACGGAAGUCUUCAGUUGGGGAAGUGGAACAAACUAUCAACUGGGAACUGGCAAUGCCCACAUACAAAAACUACCUUGCAAAGUAGAUGCCUUGCAUGGGUCAUAUAUCAAAACUGUUGCUGCAUCAAAGUUCCACAGUGUAGCAGUCAGUUCUGAUGGUGAAUUAUACACUUGGGGAUUUGGUCGAGGUGGUCGUCUUGGACAUCCGGAUAUUCAGAGUGGCCAGACGACAGCUGUGAUUACCCCUCGCCAAGUGACAGUUGGAUUAGGCCGUAAAAAGGUGAAUGUUGUGGCUGCUGCGAAACAUCACACAGUGAUUGCUACAUCAGCUGGGGAAUUGUUUACCUGGGGAUCAAACAGAGAGGGUCAGCUUGGUUACCCUUCUGUCGAUACCCAACCAACACCAAGGCGUGUUAGUUCACUCAAGCAAAGGAUAAUUGCAGUAGCCGCUGCAAACAAGCACUCAGCAGCAGUUGCCGAUACUGGCGAAGUGUUCACAUGGGGUUCCAAUAAGGAGGGCCAGCUAGGCUAUGGCACUUCAAACUCGGCAUCCAAUUGCAUUCCAAGAAUGGUAGAGUAUUUGAAAGGAAAAGUAUUUAAAGGUGUAUCUGCAGCAAAAUAUCAUACGUUAGUGUUUGGGGCUGAUGGUGAGGUGUUCACUUGGGGUCAUCGCCUCGUGACCCCUCGCCGUGUUGUAAUAGCUAGAUGUCUUAAGAAGGGUGGAAAUGCAAAUGUGAAGUUUCAUCGUAUGGAACGACUUCAGGUGAUCUCUGUGGCAGCUGGAGUGAUGCACAGUACUGCUCUAACAGCUGAUGGUGCUAUUUUGUACUGGAAUUCAUCGGAUCUGGACUUAAGAUGUCAACAGAUAUUCUCUAUGUGUGGACGGAAUGUAGUGAGCAUCUCAGCUGGAAAGUACUGGACUGCACUGGCUACAUCAACUGGUGAUGUUUUCAUGUGUGAUGCAAAGAAACGUAAGGAUGAAACUCCAGUAUUUACUCGAGUGAAUGGUGUUAAGCGAGCAUCAUCAGUUUGUGUUGGUGAAACACAUAUGCUUGUGCUUUCUAGUAUUUACCAUCCCGAGUAUCCACCCAAACCCAAAUUCCAAAGCAAAAAGCCCUCAUCAGAAUGGAGUGGUGUGAUGGAAGAGUUGGAUGAAGACAUAUUGUUUACUGAUGUCCAGCCUGAAACUGAUCUAUCUGUUACCAGCAAUGAAAUGAGCAAAGGCAUACCCAGUCUGAAGAGCCUCUGUGAGAAAGUUGCAAUUCAGCAUAUAAUGGAGCCAAAGAAUGCUAUACAACUUCUUGAAGUUGCUGAUUCCUUGGAAGCCAAAGAGCUCAAGAAGCACUGUGAGGAUACAGCUAUUCGCAACCUUGAUUACAUCUUCACAGUGGCAGCUCCUUCAAUUAUGAAUGCUUCUCCUGAAAUUCUUGCAAAUUUAGAGAGAUUGCUGGAUGAAAAAUCCUCGGAGCCCUGGAGUCACCGCCGUCUUCCCACAAUGACAGCUACUUAUCCUGCUGUCAUUGAUAGCGAUGCAGAGGGAGAUAAUGCAGGAGGAUUCCCUAGGCUCAGGGACAAUCAGAAGCCUGCAUCAAAGUUGUAUGGAAUGUCAGGUUAUGGUAACUUCCUUCAGAAAGAAAGCAAUGCUGAGCAAUUUGUCUCCAAACAGAUCAGGGCAAUUCGCAAGAAACUGCAGCAGAUUGAGAUGCUCGAGGCUAAACAACUGGAUGGUCAUCAGCUUGAUGAUCAACAGCUAGCAAAGCUCGAGUCUAGGGCUUCCCUUGAAAGUGAACUUGCAGAGCUGGGCUUUCCAACAGAAGCAUUUUCAAGACCUUCAGUUUAUGUGCCAAACAAAAAAUCUGAGGGUUCUAAGAAACAGAAGAAGAAAAUCAAGCAGGCAGCACAAUCUGAUAUUACCUCUAUAAAGCAUGAGGACAAGGAGCAAAACCACAAUAAGGAGCUUCCAGAAGUGUUACCAACCCAUGGCUCUUCAGAAAAGGAACCAGUCAAACCAUCUGAUGAUGGCACUUCGAGUAACACAAAAGCCAUCUUUUGUCCAUUAGGGAACAAAGCUUCCGGGCCAACUUCAUCAAAGAAGAAGAACAAGAAAGGUGGCUUGUCAUUGUUUUUGAGUGGUGCUCUUGAUGACACCUCAAAGCUAAGCUUGCCUACUCCUGCUGUGCCUGUGACACCAAAGCAAGAAGGACCUGCCUGGGGUGGAGCUAAGAUAACGAAGGGACCUGCUUCCCUUCGUGAUAUUCAAAGCGAGCAGAGGUCGAAAACGAACGAGCUGGUGACGACGAAAGCAAAAGACCGCCAUGAGGAUUCACCUGACAGUGCUGGGCUUUUGCGGCUUUCUUCAUUUAUGCCUGAUGCGUGUUCAAGUCCAAUAUCUGUUACACCUGCUCGUGCUGUUCCUGCUCACGAAGGGGAUAAGAGCACACCUCCUUGGUCAUCUUCAGCUACCUCACCCAACCUAUCACGGCCUUCACUCAGGGACAUACAGAUGCAGCAGGAGAAACGGCACCACGGCGUUGUCUCCCACAGUCCGAAAACCCGGACAUCAGGCUUUGCCAUACCAUCCCUGGGCGCAGCGCCAGAGGUUGUUGGCGUGAAGGACAACGUUCCCAACCGCUGGUUUAAGCCAGAGACUGACACCCCGUCCUCCAUCCGCUCGAUCCAGAUUGAGGAACAAGCGAUGAAGGACUUCAAGCGUUUCUACACCACCGUGAGGAUCAUGAAGCCACAGGUCUAGGAUGAGCUGCUGCGGCCUGGCCUCAAUCCCGGAAGAGUUAGUCAUCUUGUUUAGGCUCACCCUCCCGUUGCAAUGUACAUUCAAGUGUACAGUCAGUUUCUGUUAACUGUAGGUUCCUUGUGUCGAAUAAAGUUCAAAGCUUCUCCUGGCUUUCAUUUUUUGCCCUGCUUUUUUAUUUUAACUUUGGCAACCUUUAUUAAACGAUGAUCAUGUCUGUUACAAGAUGGAGGAAUAAGAAAGUCAGGAGUGUUUCCUUCUAA